CAUCCUGUUCUUUUUGCAACCUUAUUUAGUUCUUCUUCUGAUUAUUAAUCUGGAGUACUUUCAAAUUUUAACCUUGACACAAACAAAAAAAUGCUUCUACCUUAGAUUUCCACCAGCAAAAUUCAGAUUUCAUUCAAAUUUCAGCUUCUGGACACAGAACCGUCGGAUCUACAUCUACUGAAGAAAUUGUUCUCCAUAACGUGUUCAUUGUCUUGUUCAUAUUAUUUAUGUUAACUUGAACUUAAGAGUCUCCCUGAUACACAUUUGUAAAUUGUAAUAGUUGUGAAGCUCUUGCGCAGUUGGCGCCAUGUCUCUGUUGUCAAAAUUACGCUGUAUCACUGUGGAUGUCACUGGUACGCUCUUAGCCUACAAAGGUGAGCUUGGUGACUACUACUGCAUGGCAGCAAAAUCUGCUGGACAGACAUGCCCUGAUUACAAACGUGUCCAUGAGGGAUUCAAAGUUGCAUAUACAGAAAUGGCCAAAAAGUAUCCAUGUUUUGGACAAGCUGCUAAAAUGCCUAACAUUGUCUGGUGGAAAGUAGUUGUCAGAGAUUCCUUUGUAAAGGCUGGAUAUGAAUAUGAUGAAGAGACUUUCGAGAAGAUCUUUAGGCGUAUAUAUGCAGCAUUUGGUUCAUCUGCACCUUACAGUGUCUUUCCAGAUGCCCAACCUUUCCUGAGAUGGGUACGAAAGAAGGGUCUUCUAGUAGGGAUUGUAAGCAACGCAGAAUACCGAUAUCAAGAUGUUAUCCUUCCAGCCUUAGGUUUGAAUCAGGGUUCAGAAUGGGACUUUGGUGUGUUCUCUGGUCUUGAAGGUGUAGAGAAACCAGAUCCAAGGAUGUAUAAGAUUGCCCUUGAGAAAGCCGGAAAUAUUGCACCAGAAGAAGCAUUGCACAUCGGGGAUAGCAUGCGCAAAGACUACUUACCGGCGAAGAGUAUAGGAAUGCAGGCAUUACUAUUGGAUAGGUUUAAGACUCCAGAUGCUGAGGAAUGGAGAAAAUCUGGAGCAACUGUACUCCCUGAUUUGCUGUCUGUACAAGAAUUACUCACCUCAGGCACAUUGACAUAAAAAUGAGGAUAAUAUGCAAAUUUGCUCAUCUUGAUAAAUGAAAAAAGAAAAUAAUUUGAUGUUUGUCGAA